GCGGGCGGCUACAGAACAUAACCCAGACUGAAGCUGCUUUAUCUCGUAAUUAAAUCAAUUAAACAUUGAUUAAAAUUACUUAGGUCACCGUGAACGAUAAAUACAGAGCACAAUGAUCCGCUUUAUCCUCAUCCAGAAUCGAGCAGGGAAGACCAGGCUGGCCAAGUGGUACAUGCAGUUCGAUGAUGAUGAGAAGCAGAAGCUGAUUGAAGAGGUUCACGCCGUAGUGACAGUCCGUGAUGCCAAACACACCAACUUUGUAGAGUUCAGAAACUUCAAGAUCAUUUACAGGCGGUACGCCGGCCUGUACUUCUGCAUCUGUGUGGAUGUGACAGACAAUAACCUGGCUUACCUGGAAGCUAUUCACAACUUUGUUGAGGUUUUGAAUGAGUAUUUCCACAAUGUGUGUGAAUUAGACCUGGUCUUCAAUUUCUACAAGGUCUAUACGGUGGUGGACGAGAUGUUUCUGGCAGGAGAGAUCCGAGAGACCAGCCAGACGAAGGUGCUGAAGCAGCUGCUCAUGCUGCAGUCUCUGGAGUAAAGACCUCGCUCAUCGCCAAGCCAUGUUAUCUGUCUCACUCAAAUCUUUUCUUCAAAUCUCACAUCCCCCAUGAAGGAUGUGGCCAUUCUGUUCUAUAACUUUUAAAGCAGCUAUGCAUUUGUAAAACCUCCCUGGUUAUUGACCUAAUUAUUCUUUGGCAUAGUCAGAAUUGAAUACUUCAGCCAUUUUUACAGCACAGUAGAUCUCAGUGUGUCCGACUGGCAACCUCUCCAAGCCCGUUCAUUAACACUAACACACAUAAUCAUGUUGGCCAAAAACUGCCGUGGCACGGAAGCGUCGCUUCUAUAAUUGCAAGAAGAUCCAUGGGCUGCACUACUAGCAAUGAUAAAACUAGAUUUUAUCAAACAAACCCUCUCCAAACAUUAAUGAAAUGUCCUGUGUAUCAAGUCAAAAUCUGUGAAGGUUGUUUGUAUUGUGUACAUAUACAUUAUAUAUGCAUCUAUUUUAAGUGUAAUUGUAUGAACUAACCCAUCAUUCCAGGCAUCUUAAGUCUCAGUCGCCGCUCUUUGUAAUUGCGUUGAAGUCUUUUGGUUUUGUGGGAACCCGAGCCAGCGAUUAGCGAACAAGGCUGAGUGGAAGAAUGGAACUCUGGGGGAAAUGACAAAAGAUGGUCUACUUUUAAUUUCCCCUUUUGUGGCGCUGGUUCCCUCUCGCCAAGAGCUCUAUGGCAACUGCUCAGCCUUGAAACGUCCCAUUACAGUCGGAGAAUCGUCUUUAUUUUGUACCUGUGUUUUAUAUUGUGUUUCUUUGAUUGUCCCUUCUGCUUUAGUCCAAAGUAUUCUAGAUCUGCCGAUUUGUCCCUGUGAGAUUGCAGAGUGAAAAGCUGAUAGUUGGUGUUACUCUCACGUGUGUGUUUCUGUCAGUGUAAAUAUCCAUGAAGGUGAAAUAAAGCAACUUAUAUGAC